GAAGUCCAUAUUAGAUACUAAUAAACCAAUUAAACCAUGAAUUCUCUUACCUUAAUCUUCACAUUCUUCAUCGUUGCUGCCUUCACAAAUGCAACACCAUCAUUGGUCUCUCGCUCUCAACUUCAAAUGAACCAAUAUUCCAUGCUUAACCAUACCCAACAACAAAUUAAUGAGACUGAACUUGUUAGAGGUAGUGGUAGCUGCAAUUACAAGAUCGACAUAAAGACAAGCUGCAGUUCUCCGGAACAUACAACAGAUACAAUCGACAUUAUAAUUGGAGACGCUAAUGGCAAUCAGAUUAUUUCAAGUCCAGAUCCUAGUAUGCGGGGUUCCUCUCUCAAGCGGUGCACGACGAAUCCAUUUGAUCUGGUACAAGCAAAUUGUAUAGGCAAAAUCUGCAGUAUGUUCUUCGUUAGGUUUGGAACAGAUGGUUGGAUACCAGAGUCUGCCACCUUAUACAACGAUGGCUACCCUCCUAUAACAUUCAACUUCAACUACUUGAUUCCUUUCGGCGUUCCCUCUGGCAUCUAUAAUUGCAAUAAAUAAGUUUUUAUGUUAAUUCGUAAGUUCUCACUAAUGAAAAUUGUAUCAUUGAUCAGAAGUUGUUUUUUCAUAAACUACAUUGAUAAGCUUAUGAAUCAUUUAUCUCGCGAUUCAUCAAAGAAUGAUAGCUAAUGAGUUUCUGCAUUUAUUUAGCGUCAAAUAACACAUAUUGCUUUCGAUAAACCGAUGACAAUGUUGAUUUGCUGUAUUUUUUUCUCAAUCAAACCAUUCAGCCCGUGUAAUUAUUUUUCUUCAA